AUGGUGGAUUUUCCAGGAUGCAGUCUGUCUGGUGCUGUUGCCUCCUUCUUCUUCAUACUGUUCACCAUGAAGCAGUCAGAUGACUUUAGAGUGAUUGGUCCUGCCCAUCCUAUCCUGGCCAGGGUUGGGGAAGAAGGCCUACUAACCUGUUGGCUCCUCCCCAAGAGGACGGUGAUGCACAUGGAGGUGAGGUGGUACCGCUCAGAGCCAGGCACGCCUGUGUUUGCAUACCAGGCUGGAGCUGAGGUGACCAAGUUGCAGAUGGAGGAGUACAGAGGCUGGAUAGAAUGGAUAGGGGAUAACAUUGCUCAGGGUAGUGUGGCCCUGAAGAUGUACAACAUCCAACCAUCGGAUAGUGGGCAAUACUGGUGCCAUUUCCAAGAGGGGAACUAUUGUGGAGAAACAAGCUUGCUGCUCAAAGUAGCAGGUGAGUAUCUGGGAAAAGACAUAGGGUCUGCCCCUAACAUCCACAUGGAGGGACCUGUGGAAACUGAAGUCCAGCUCGUGUGCACUGCAAAAGGCUGGUUCCCAGAGCCCCAGGUUUAUUGGAAAGGCAUCACAGGAGAGGAGUUGCUGACUGUCUCUGAGCAUCACAUCCAAGAUGAAGACAGCCUGUUCUAUGUGGAAGACACUCGUGUUGUUAGGAAUGCCUCUGUAGAGACCGUGUCCUGCUUCAUCCACAACCACGUCCUCACUGAGGAGAAGGGGUCAGUCAUCUCUAUUCCGGAGAAACUCCAGACUGAGCUGGCUUCCCUAAAAGUGAUUGGACCUUCCCAGCCCAUCCUUGUCAGAGUGGGAGAAGACAUCCAAUUAACCUGAUACCUGUCCCCCAAGGCUAAUGCACAAAGCAUGGAGGUGAGGUGGGUCCGAUCCCACCGUUAUCCUGCUGUUUAUGUGUAUAUGGAUGAGGACCAUGUGGAUGGAGAGCAGAUGGCAGAAUAUAGAGGGAGGACAGCAUUGGUGAGUGAUGCCAUCAAUGAGGGGAGACUGACCCUGCAGAUACACAAUGCCAGAACUUCAGACGAUGGGCAGUAUUGGUGCCUUUUUGAAAAAGAUGGUGUCUACCAGGAGGCCAGUUUGGAUCUGAAGAUAGUAGGACUGGGUUCUUCCCCGCUGAUCACCAUGGAGGGACUGAUGGGGACACAGGUGAUGUGAACUUCAGAAGAGCGGUUCCCAUGGCAUGUGCAGUGGAGGGACAUGGAAGGAAAAACAAUACCAUCAUUUUCAUCACCAUGCCUGACUCAAGGCAGCCAUGGGCUGUUCCAUGUGAAGACAUUUCUGUUGGUCACAAACAGCUCUGUUGUGAAUGUGACCUGCUCCACCAGCAAUCCCCUUCUUGGCGAGGAGAAAAUGGCAACUUUUUCUCUCUCAAAGUCCAGGAUGAUUUUUUCAUGGAAAAUACUCCUUCUUUUGGGAUUGCUUCUUGCUGGGACUGCAGGCCUGAUCAGGAGAAAGAGCUGUAAAAAAGUGAAUGAGACACUGGAUCCAAAUAUAGGUCACCCAGAACUGAUCCUUUCUGAGGGAAACAAGUGUGUGACCCAUGGACAUUCAUUGAGCCAGAUGUCCCACAGAGAUUUGAUGGCUUCCUCAAUGUCCUGGGCCAGGAGAGGCUCAUGUCAGGGAGGUGGUAUUGAGAGGUGGAGGUUGGGGACAGGACAGAAUGGGUCCCAGGUGUUACCAAGGACCGUGUUGUGAGAGAGUUACCUCUGUGUCACCUGAGAAUGGGUUCAGGUAAUUGGUUGCUAUGGAAUGAAUAAUGAGCCG